UCGCUUUUGAUUUUGACUACAUCAUGGCCGACGGAGUCCUAUCCCCACCAGAACUCCUGGUAGCAACAACUCCAGAUCCACUCAACAUGAACACACCGGACUUUGCCCUCACGCCGUCCACGGCUGCCACCACCGCCCUCGCCACACCCAGCUCUAUUCAACAUGUCCCACAAUCAGCCGCAGCAAAGCCUGCAAAGAAACGCAAGUCGUGGGGUCAGGCACUCCCCGAACCAAAGACCAACCUACCACCCCGCAAGCGGGCCAAGACUGCCGACGAGAAGGAGCAGCGUCGCAUCGAACGCAUCAAGCGCAACCGCGCCGCUGCACACAACUCUCGGGAACGCAAACGCCAGGAGGCCGAGCGUCUCGAAGUUGAGAACCACGCCCUCAAACAGCACAUCUCUGCUCUGCAACAACAACUCGCCCAGAAGGAUGUCACCCUUGACAAGUGCAAGGACAUGAUCCCCGGCGGUCUCCCUCAACUCACUCAAGAAGAACUGGCCAACAUCAAGGUGCCCGAAGAAAGACUACAUGACGCCAUCGAUCAAGAUGGAGCCCAUGUCGCCGGCUUCUCAGAUGCACCUCCCUCCUUCGGCUGUCCACAGGACAAGCAUCUCGCUCGACCAGACACAACAUUCUGCUGCGAUGUUGUGCGACCUGCAGUGUCGGUCGAGCGAGAACCACAGCCAUUCAAGGUGGAGUCAGAUUAUAAUCUAUUUGAUGCAUCUGAACAUCAUGACCUUUUACAAGAGCCUCAUGGUAGCUUCGUGGACCUUAUGGCCGACUCGUAUGGCCACGAUGAUGAAUCAGGUCUCAGCCACUUUGACAACCUCAUCGAGUACGAUGAUGUGCAAUCCAACUACACGACGAACGCUACGACGACUGACGGCGGCGACGACAUCUUCAACCUCUCUAGCUAUGGCCUCAAGGACACUUUUCUUGCUCCUGAGCUUACUCUCGCAUCGGCUCCCAACCUCUGCGACUUCAGCGCAACUUNUUGCGACGGCGCUCUCCAAGCGCUGCCUAUUUCCGAGAGCGAGAGCAAGCAGGAAAAGGAAGUGUUUGAGAGAGACUUUNGCGAGAUGCUAAGACUUGUUGCGGCUGAGGGUUAUCUAGGGCGUUCUGGGAGUAAGUGGGGCACAUUGGGAAAGUCAUCGUCCGAAGAGCGAAAGGACUCUGGCGGGAUUGGA